AUGAGAUGCGGUUCACGCGUUCCUAUUUCAAAACUCCGAAGUGAUAUCAUCACUGAUAAUCUAACGAUCGGUGCUGGUCUGCAUCUCAUUCUUACGCCUGCGUCCAACUCCCCAGCACUGUGUAACAUGUCCAGCCCGCCAGGAAUGCUCUUUUUUGCCAUGGAGGCCGACCCUGAAGUGACUGAGGAGCGCUUGAACGACUGGUACGACAACGAGCACAUCCCGCUGCGACUAAAAGUUUCCGGGCUGAACACCGUCACGCGCUACAAAGCCACGGACGGGCAGGUCCCCACUUGGCUCGCGAUGUAUAAUUGCGACACUCCCGCGGUAGUCCAGUCCGAAGGGUACACCUCCCUCGCGGCGCUCGGAUCCGAGAACGAGAAGGAUAUCUUGUCCAGGUUCACAAGCGUCAGCCGCCGCAUAUAUGAGCACGUAUCGACCACGACCGCGCCCGGUGUGUCUGACGAGGAGCUGCCGGCCAAGUUCAUCUACGUUGCUGGACUGGAAGUGCCUGGGGGAGCUGAGGAUGAUCUGAACAGAUGGUGCGUGCCUCUCGGUAUGAGGAGGUAUGUCCUCAUACGCAGAUCCGUGAGACACGUAAUCGAGCGUGAUCAGGAACACAUCGACAUGUUCUCCAAGAUUCCCGGCUGGAAGCAGACUCGGCGAUAUCAGAUCAUCGAGCACAAGCAAUUCGGCGCUGCUGUGGAGGGACGCCCCGUUUGCAAGUUCCUUGCCGUGCACGAGUUUGACAACGGCGAUUUCGUCCAAACACCAGAGAUGCGGGACGCGGUCUCUUCCGAGUGGGCUAAGCGCGUGUUAUCCACUGUUGUUCAGAAGGAACGGAGAGUUUUUGGUUUGCACAAGGGCUUCAGAGCCUAAUGAAAUGAGUGUAUCAGUAAUCUGGCUUAUCUGAAGAGCAAAAAAUACUCAUUUCUGAUCUCCCGUUCCAAGUUCACUCGAGAAAAUCUAACAUUUCUUUCAGGUAAUCCUUCACGCGAGGAGAAAAUUUUAUCAUAAAUUAAGGAAGACAGUUGUACUGCAGGAGCAUAACAAGUGCGGCUCAAGAUGCUGCUGCUGAAGUAUGAUCUACCGCCACUGGUGCAGCAUUAAUGCGACAGUAGAAUAUGGGCGUCAGAUCGAUCAUCGGACUAAAUACUACAGCGUUGAAAAUCGAUACGAGCUCCUUCACGGCAUAUUUUGAAGCUUACAACUCAAAAGGCAGAGAUGGACCAAAGCAUCACAAUAGACUACUUC